CCGUCAAGCAUCCGUGUUGAACUUUCGACCAAUCAUACACGACCCGAGCCCUCCUCCCGCCCUCUUCUCCUGAGGUUCUUUCAUUAGUCGCACUUUGAAUUUCGUCACGUUGCUUCGAACCUAUCUUUCUGAAAGCACAAACAACUCUGAGGCCCGACUGCCCAUCACUGAAACAUGGUCCAGGCUAAAUCAUGGAUCCUGCUAAAACACUUUGACGGUUUCCCAAAAGACAGCGACUUUGAGGUGAAAGUAGAGGAGCUGCCGGAGCCCAGAGAUGGAGAGGUCCUCCUGGAAGCAGUUUUUCUCAGUGUGGAUCCAUACCUGAGGCCGUUCAGCAGAUUUCGGAUGAAGGAAGGUGACGCGAUUAUUGGAUCUCAAGUGGCAAAGGUGAUCCAAAGUAAAAACUCCGCCUUUCCUGUGGGAAGCCAUGUGGUGAGUUCUUGUGGUUGGACGACCCACUCCAUCUCAGAUGGGAAGGACCUCACUCCUGUCAUGGCUGACUGGCCUAAAGAUGUCUCUCUGUCACUGGCACUGGGAGCCAUCGGCAUGCCAGGCCUGACUGCUCUGUAUGGGGUAGAAGAAGUUUUGGACCUGAAGGAAGGGGAAACUCUGCUGGUGAAUGCUGCAGCAGGAGCCGUGGGCUCUGUGGUGGGACAGAUUGCCAAAAUCAAGGGCUGUAAGGUGGUGGGUUCAGCAGGAUCGGAGGCAAAAGUGGCGUUUCUGAAGGAGUUGGGGUUUGAUGAAGCCUUCAACUACAAAACUGUCUCUUCCCUGGAGGAGGCUCUGAGGAAGGCUUCUCCUGAUGGAUACGACUGCUUCUUUGAAAAUGUCGGAGGCCAUUUUUCAACUGCAGCAAUACAACAAAUGAAAAACUUUGGGAGAAUAGCUGUUUGUGGAAGCAUCUCUUUGUACAACGACACCACACCUCAGACAGGGCCGUACCAACACCUGACCAUGAUCACUAAGCAGCUGAAGAUGGAGGGCUUCAUGCAAAGCAGGUGGACACACAAGCAUCCUGAAAGCCUCAAGAGGCUGAUGGCGUGGUUCAAACAGGGAAAACUGCAAUGUCGGGAACACGUCACCAAAGGCUUUGAAAACAUGCCAGCUGCUUUUAUGGGGAUGCUGAAAGGAGACAACACUGGCAAAGCCAUUGUUGCUGUCUGAUGGAUGACCAAUAAAGGUCUUUACACAAUUAA